AUGUCCGGGACGAAAAAAUCUUGCACUAUUGGAUCUACUUGGUGUUUGGAUACAACAAUGAUGAUUAUGUAUAGAAAUAUUUCACCAGUAUUAUCCGAAUCCACUUCUGAUGAUACGGUCAAUGAAGAAAAAUGGCCUGAAAAAUUUUACGUAUAA